CGCUCGCCACAGGCAGCGUGUUAACUCUGACCCUGCAGCAAGAGCAGAAUACCUUGCUGGAAGAAGAGAAAGCUACCAGAGAAGAAAACAGCAGGGAAAGAUUCCCUAUAUAAAAUCAAGUGAGCUGUCAGGGAGAGAGAAAAAGAAGCAGAGAGAGAAAUGGAGGGCUGCAUCCAGCGCUUACAGGGAGAGAAAAAAGAUGGCAAAUGCGGUGUUAGACCUAACACCGCCAUCUAUGGAGAACAUUCCACCAGUUCUGGUUCAUGUAGGUGUAGCACAAGAGCAGCCAGAAAAUGAAGGUCAAGCUGUGGUAGACCCCAUACCUCUGAAUGAAGAUUUCAAUCCACAAGUGUCCUCCACACCAGAGAGAGAUCAGAAAGAGAACACAUCUUCAGCAGAGAAACGUUGCAAAAAACUGCAGAAUGAGAAAUGUAAACUGAAAAAGCAACUCCUAAAUCUAAAGAAACAGCUAGCAGAGAUGAGAAGACAAAAUGAUAAAUUAAGAAAGAGUGGGAAGAGGUUAAUGGCAAGACAAAGAGUGGGCCUAAGUGAAAAAUUCAAGCCAAGGGGAUGCAAGAAGCUAUCAGCAGAGAGAAAGCAAGCAGUUAUCAAUUUUCUGUCCAGAGAUGAAAACAGCCGUCUUUUAGCUGGGAAAAAAGACACCAUCACCAAAAAUAAACAGAAAUUGCAAAGACGAGUUCUGGCAAAGCCCCUCAAGGAGCUGCAUGCACAGUAUCAGACAGAGGUGGAACAGCAUCUCUCUAUGUCUUACAGACAGUUUGCCAGAAGACGACCUUUUUAUAUAACAGAGCCAAAGAGCAGGGAUAGAGAUACAUGUGCAUGUGUGGAACAUGAAAAUGUCCGGCUACUGGUUAAUAAACUUGCUAAGAGAGGACUUUUGAAAACCACCAGCAUCUCAGAGUUAGUGAGUAUGAUUGUGUGUGACCCUAAAAACAAAGCAUGCAUGGAUUGUGUAUGUCUGAUGUGCUGCUUCAAUGAAGUUGAAUUUCCUGAGACAGAGUGUGCUGAGAUUUCUUGGGAGCAGUGGGAGCGGGAAAAAUCAACAAACGGAGAGAAAACCUUUGCAAAUGUUUUAAAACAAACAUACACGGGGACAAUCCAGGACUUGAAAGAGCUGUUCCACAAAAAGCUUGAAGCUUUAGCCAUACAUCAGUUCAACUGGAUCCACCAAACACAACAGUUUCGUGACCUAAAACAAAAUCUCACUGAAUCCGAAGCUGUUCUUCAUGUUGAUUUCUCUGAAAACUAUGCCUGCAAGAUGAAUACAGAAAUACAGGCGUAUCAUUUUGGAGGCAGCCGAAAACAGACCACAUUGUCCUCUACACAGUCCAUGGCACCAAAUCAUAUGCAACACUGUCAGACAGCCUCCGCCACGAUGAGCGGGCAGUAUGGGCACACCUGGAGCCCAUACUGAAAGAGCUUCGAGCAACCUGCCCACAGAUUACAGAUCUACAUGUAAUCAGCGAUGGACCUGUCACACAGUACAGGAACAAAGCCAACUUUUACCUCCUUAGUACUGUGCCUUUCCUUUCUGGGUUCAAACACGUGACAUGGAACUAUUCAGAAAAGUCCCAUGGGAAGGGUGCCCCGGACGGCAUUGGUGG